AUGGCAUCCGGACCGAAAGAAGAUGUGUAUGAAAGCGAGGGGGCUUGCGAAGGCGAGAAGAACGUAUUUGCCAGAGAAGAAUCUAAUGAUCCUGAUGUAGAGCUUGUUUACCUUGAUAUUGACUCUGCUAGGAAACGUUAUGUAAAUUGUAAUGUCAACUCUGCUGGUGUUGACUUCUCCGAUUCCAUCGCCAAGAAGAAGAAGAAGUGUUAUGGAAGUAAUUCUUAUGUGCUCGAAGUUACUGGAAAAGAAUAUGAAGAACCUGAGACUGAUGUUCAAAGAAUCAACAGAUUAACAUGCGAAAUCAAUGAACUUCAUGACAAAUUGAACGCUGACGAAUCCCCAGAAGGAAAACAAGGACGCGCCGCUAUCAGUAAGCUGAUGGAAGAGCUUAAGACUGUCAGUGUUCUCAAGAAAUCAGGAGCCCCUACCCGUUCUUCUGAAGUAUCAACGAAGAAAGCAGAAGCAACUUCAUCAGCCAACAGUGAUUCAAAGGUUAUUUCUUUGGAGAAGAGAGUUAAAAGGCUAGAAGCUCUUGUAGGAUCUUUUGAUUCAACCAAGCCUCCCCUUGUUGAUGCUUUGGAAGACUUGAAGUUCCGAACCGAAUCAUUAAACCCAACGAUCGUUGAAGGCUUAGAGACAAGAGUCAAUCAGAUAAUGACGAAAGUACAACAGAUUGAGGAGAAGAGAGAGAAGUCGAUUGAUUCCGAAACAGAAACCAAUGCUAGGGAAUUAUUGGAUUUGAUGAACAAAUGGGAUGUAGCCUGCUCUGCUUUACCUAGUAAUUUGAAGAAGAUUCAAGCUUUGUCCAAGUUGCAUGAACAAGCUGCUUCCUUCUCUCAGCGCUUAACUCUUCUGGCUGGAGUUCGGGAGCAGAUGGAAAGAAGCAUGAAAGCCGAUAAGGAUAUGAUGGAACGAUUACAAGGUGAAGCAGCAACAAAGAUUGAGAAAGUGAUGAGCGGAAUCAAAAUCCUGGAAGGCAGAGUUGAACAAUUGAAAUCGUCAUAA